UCCAUCCUCUCCAGAGCCAGCCAGUGCCAGAGGCAAGUGAGAAGGUGCUUGGAGCUGUCUUCAAGGAACACACGCUCUGACAGCCAGAGGGAGAGAGGGGACGGGGAGAGGAAAGACGGGGCGUUCUCAUUCUUUCUAAGGUAUGAGGACUGCAGCUGCAGCUUUGGGAAACCUGCACCGUUGGGCUUUCUCUGUGCUCCUGCCCCUCUGAGCAUUCCUUCCCCUCCAGACAGCAGGUACUGAUUAAGCCUUUUGCCUACAUGUACCUGAAGAUGUGAAUGGCUUCCAAACGUGCCUGAGGAAUUUAGCCCAGCUGCCCUUUCUUCUUCUUCCUCCUCCUCCUCUUCUUUUUUCUAAACUCCAGUUGCACUCUGAGUUAUAUGAAACUUCCAGUUCAACAACUGAGUGCUUUCCCUCUUGGACAGAAACCAUGAAGGGAUCCUGGAGGAGCCUUCUCCCAUUUACCGUAGCUCUUUUCGUAGGGGUUGGCGAAUGUCAGAGAGACUUUGCUGGGCAAUUUGACCCAAGUCCUUCCUUCAGAACUGACUCCGGAAGCAGGGAGACGACUCAGCUGAGAUUCCGGAGCCAGGGGAGUUCAGGACCCGCAAACAAAGUAUUCAGUUUGUUCCAGGUACACAGUUCCCCUUCUCCCUUGGAUCAUGUUCCUGUCACCCCUAAGACGGAUGUAGCCUCUAACGCCUGGGUGAGAAACUUGGCAGGGAGGGAAAACAGAAAGCCGCACUCUGCUCCCACAGACCACAAGCUCCCUGCUCCCACCAAUGUCAGAUCCCAAUCCAUCAAUCCUGGGACAAGAGCUGAUGCUCCCGGCAGAAGCCCAAGCUGGACUCCACAGAGACAGAGAGUGGACACCUCACACCAGUGGCCAAGGAAUGGGCCGAGGCCACAGACAGCGACACAGCCGAGGAUGCAAAACUCCCGAAGCCGAAUGGUAGGGCCAAAUGUCUGUGGGGGUCAGUGCUGCUCAGGGUGGACAACAGCUCCUGGGACCAAUCGGUGUAUUAAACCUGUAUGUGACCCUCCAUGCCAGAACAAAGGAUCCUGCAGCCGCCCCCAGCUUUGUAUUUGCCGUUCAGGCUUCAGAGGCUCUCGAUGUGAAGAGGUGGUUCCAGAACAAGAGUAUCAUCCUCCUGGCCCUGUGGCUGCCUUCCAGCCCCCAGGACGCUCCCCUCUCAAAAGAACAGGCAAUGGAGAGAGAGAAAGCCCACUAAGAGGAAGACAGAUACCUACCAUGCAGAAGCUACCAACUGGGUCUCAGAGCCAAAGUCGUUCUGUUGCUACCCCUCAGCUACACACGGGGUCCUCUCGUACAGUCCGACGCUAUCCAGCCACCAAUAAUGAUCAGCUCACAUCCAAUGCCUUGCCGAAUGGGAAUGGAUUUGAACAGAGCAGUUCUGGGCCACGUACGGCAUUUCAAGAGCCAUCGUCACCUCACGGGGGUGUCAACCUGACAGAAAAAAUCAGGAAGAUAAAGAUUAUCUUCACUCCCACAAUCUGUAAACAGACUUGUCGACAUGGCCGCUGCUACAACAGCUGUGAGAAAGGAGACACCACUACCCUGUACAGCCAGGGCGGGCAUGACCAUGACCCUAAAUCUGGCUUCCGUAUCUAUUUCUGCCAGAUUCCCUGUCUAAAUGGGGGACGCUGUGUGGGCAGGGACGAAUGCUGGUGCCCAUCUAACUCUACAGGGAAGUUCUGCCACCUACCAGCUUUGAAAGUGGAAAGGAAAAAAGACGUGCCAAACAGCCUGGCAAGCAACUCCAUGAAACAUUCAAUGUACACACUUCCUUUAUCCAACCAACUUGCUUCCAGAAACCCUUCCCUUGUGAACGUACAUAUCAACCACCCUCCAGAAGCUGCUGUGCAGAUCCAUCAGGUAGCUCGAGUGAAAAGUGAUGCAGACCAGUCGGAAGAGAACAGUGUUGAAGCUGUGUUGAUAUCUCAGUUUCCACUGGGUUCCCACCAGUACAGUGAUAACGCCACCACCAUCACCAUCAACAACAACAACAUUAUCACAGAGAGACAUCAGCAGCAGAGGCCUCAGGACCUAGUGGGAAAGUGUUACAUGGAGUCAGUGCAUGGAAAGUGUGCUGACCCACUACCUGGUCUGGCCAGCUAUGAGGACUGUUGUGGCAGUGUGGGGGCCUUUUGGGGGGUCAGCAGAUGUAUUCCAUGCCCAUCGAAACCAGCUCACCCAGUGUUUGAAAAUGGGCAAGUUGAAUGCCCACAGGGAUAUAAAAGGUUGAAUCGGAGCCACUGCCAAGAUAUCAACGAAUGUCUAAUAUUUGGCAUAUGCAAAGAUGCAGAAUGUGUGAACACUCGCGGCAGCUUCCUCUGCACUUGUAAGGCUGGAACCAUGCUGGACCCAUCCCGCAGUCACUGUAUUUCGGAUAAAGCAGUUUCCACAGAGCAGGGGCUGUGCUAUCGCUCAACAGUUGGGGGAGUCUGUGCCCUGCCACUCAAUCAGCACAUCACCAAGCAGAUCUGCUGCUGUAGUCGUGUUGGCAAAGGGUGGGGAAGAAAUUGUGAGACGUGUCCAUUACCAGGAUCUGAAGCCUUUAAGGAGAUUUGCCCUGCAGGGCAUGGCUACACUUACUCCAGCUCUGACAUUCGAAUGUCCAUGAGGAAAGCAGAAGCAGACGAGCUCCCGCUCAGCUCACAGGAGCAGAGCAAAAACAGUGGCCGGCUUCCCAGCUGGGCAGUAAGGCAGCAACAGCUGCAGGAGGUCUUGCGUGGGGAUGUGGUCGACAUGCUCCCGGGGGCUGACACCUCCGCAGGAAAGGGGGAUUCUGAAGAAGAUCAGGAUGCAGAGGAUGUUAUCGAAGAAACUGAUAUUAGCCCAGUGGAUGUUGUAAAGAUUUCUCCCCAUUUCCCUGCCCAGCCACUUCCAGGAUCUAUAGGGGAGAAUGCUGCUCCAACAGAGGUAGCAACACUAUUUACAGAAAUGAGUGCCUGCUCCUCUUCACCCAACAUCUGUGGUCCAGGCAGCUGUGUGAACUUGCCAGGAGGAUAUGCCUGUCUGUGUUACCCUGGUUACCGACAGCAUCCAAGUCACUCAUUUUGCAUUGAUGUUGACGAAUGUGAGAGAAAUCCAUGCAAUGGGAAGGGCCACUGCCUCAACAAUGAGGGCUCCUAUUCUUGCCUCUGUUUCUCUGGGUACACCCUUUUCACCUCACAGAACACACAAACAUGUCAGGAUCUAAAUGAGUGUGACCAGCCAGAUGUUUGUCACGGAGGGCAGUGUGUCAACACACCUGGCUCUUAUCUCUGUGAGUGCAAAACAGGCUACACCAUGAGUCACAGGGGACAGUGUGAAGAUAUCGAUGAGUGUGCAACCCACGAUGCCUGCCCUAGAGGACUCUGUCUCAACUCCGAGGGUUCCUUCUCCUGUGUGGCUUGUGGCAUCGGCUAUAUUGCAUCAAGGGAUGGAAGAACGUGCGAAGAUAUUGAUGAAUGUGCCUCACACGCAGCCUGCCCUCAGGGAAUCUGCACUAAUACCCAGGGUUCCUUCACUUGCCAAACCUGUGACACUGGCUAUGUGCUCUCAUCCAAUAAGCUCACUUGUGAAGAUAUUAAUGAAUGUGAAGACGCAAACACUCACUGCCUGGGAGGCGAGUGCUUAAACACACUAGGCUCCUACAGCUGCCAUUGCCGGACUGGAUUUGAGCUCUUCAAUGGAAGCAUCUGCGAAGAUCUGAAUGAGUGCCUGGACAGUGGCAUCUGCAGCCCCAAUGGCGAAUGCCUGAACAGCCAUGGAUCCUAUUUCUGCAUUUGCGCUCUUGGCUUUUCAAAUGCUGGUGGCGGAGUCAGCUGUCAAGAUGUAGAUGAAUGUGCAGACCAGUCCAGGUGUUUGCGUGGCCAGUGCCUCAAUACAGAAGGGUCUUACAGCUGCUUGUGUCAAACUGGCUUCAAACAUUCCCAGGAGACUGAUGAUUGUAUAGAUGUGGAUGAAUGUGAAGAAUAUGGGGAUGCCGUGUGUGGCACAUGGGAAUGCCAGAACACCUUGGGCUCAUAUCACUGCAUUAUGGGAUGUCCAGCUGGCUUCCAUCGCACAUCCUUUGGCGAAUGCAUUGAUAUUGAUGAGUGUGCCAACGAGACUCUGUGUGGCAGUCAUGGGUUCUGCGUCAAUACAGACAGCUCGUUCCAUUGUCUGUGUGACCGUGGCUAUGAAAACUCACCUUCAGGCCUUGACUGCAUUGAUGUGAACGAAUGUGAGAUGAUGGUUGCCGUCUGUGGGACAGCACUUUGUGAGAAUGUGGAAGGUGCUUUUCUGUGCCUGUGUUCCAGUGACCACGAGGACUAUGACACGGAAACAGGCGAAUGCCGCCCCCGAGCAGACAUGGGAGGACCCGGAAGGCCUGUAUCUUUGCAUCCCAGAAGCUCAGAGAGGAAGGAGUGCUACUAUCAUAUGGGUGACAUCCCACUAUGUGACAGUGUCUUAGCCAAUAACACCACUAAGGAAGAAUGCUGCUGCACAGAAGGAGCAGCCUGGGGAGACAAUUGUGAGACACAUCCAUGCCCCGUCAUUGGCUCAGUGGAAUAUACUGACAUUUGCCCUAGUGGGAAAGGAUAUAUCCCUGUGGAAGGGACGCUGAUUUUUGGACAGACAUCUUACACAGAUGCUGAUGAGUGUAAAAUGUUUGGCCACGAGGUCUGCCGUAAUGGUCACUGUGUGAACGUAGCGCCAGGCUAUGCCUGCUUCUGCCGCGCCGGUUUUAUCUAUGACUCCAGCAAGCUUGAAUGUAUUGAUCUAGAUGAGUGUGAAAAUGAAGAUGCCUGUGCAAAUGGCAAGUGUCUCAACACGGCUGGUUCCUAUCAUUGCUUCUGUAGCCUUCCCCUCGUGCUGGAUGCGACCCGCAACCGUUGUGUCAACGUUUCCAGCAGCGCAGAUGAUGAGGAUGAACUUGACAUUCACUUAGACAUCUGCUGGCAGAGUGUCUCCAACUACAUCUGCAACGAGCCACUGCUGGGCCAACGAACCACGUACACAGAAUGCUGCUGCCGCUAUGGAGACGCCUGGAGUCAGGACUGUGCACUCUGCCCCCCCAGGUCCUCUGAGGAUUUUGCUCAGCUGUGCAAUGUUGCCAGAAGUGAGGCUGAACUCCGAGAAAUGCCUGGCUAUGAAUAUGGCCCAACUCAGGAAGACCAUCAGUAUGGACUCUACAGGCCAGAUUUAGAACCCUAUUACAACCAGUUGGGUCUUGAGUAUGGAGCACCUGAUAUCAGCCUCUCAAACAGAGAAUCAAGUCAUGGAUUUGACGGUGAUUCAUCCCUGCAAGCAGCACAGCUCCGCCCAGCACAAACUCAGCCUCGCUAUGUGCCUGGCCAAAUUGGACAACGCUACAGCAGCUUUGAAGGGUUGCGAGCCGAGGAGUGUGGGAUCCUGAAUGGUUGCGAGAACGGGCGCUGUGUGCGAGUGCAGGAGGGCUACACCUGCGACUGCUUUGAUGGCUUCCAGUUAGACUUGAUACUCAUGGCCUGUGUGGAUGUUGAUGAGUGCGGGGAAGCAAAUGCCUCUAUGACCCUGUGUGAAGGUAGCACUUGCGAGAACACAGAAGGCUCCUACCGCUGCAACUGCUUGCCUGGUUACGUAGCUUUAGCUGAGCCCCACCGCUGCGUGCCAGGGACAGCUCAGAAUGCAGAGGCCGCGUGACCCAAAAAGCAGCCAUGGAACCCCUACGGACAUUUGCUUUGAGAACUGUAGGUCUGCUCAGCCAGAAAAGAAACAGCUUUAAAAACCCAUUGAUUGUUUCCCAAAGGACAAAAACCUCAUUGGGCUCAACUCACAGGGACAAAAGCCAGUGAGAAGCUGCAGAGUUCCUUCGUCUCUCUUGCUGGCCCGCUCAGCCCAGGCUUCCUGCUUCAGCUGUGGUGCAAACACUCAGGUCCCAGUCGCUUCAUCCUGUUUUAUAGGUUGUCAUCCUCAUUUCUUUCAACGUCCUUGGCCUCCAAAUACUAACUUGCCUUGCGUGGGUCACGAGUAUGUUCAUCCCCAUUCACCUAUUUUGCCCUCCAGUUCAUAACAUGAAGCUGCAGAAUUUCAUGCCAUGGGAACCACUCUCACAGGGCCUCAUCCAUAUGACAAGUAUUCAUUUCCCUCUCACCCCUCCACGGGUUCACAUUGUGUAGGGUCUUUUUUAACUUACUGCAAAACCAUUCCAAUGCAAUUUUACUCACACUCGUUACUGUGGGAUUCCCAAGUCACUCUGUCACAGUUGGCAAAAGGACAGUAAGGCGCAGGACUCUUCCAGCUCUGUGCGCUAAAUGGGCGGCAACCCCCAGCAACACAUGUACCGCUUGGACUCUGUAGAUUUCCCACAGGGAAUGAAAAACAUUCUUAAGUCCACGGGUGUCACAUUGCGGCUUCUCCUGUCCAAGUCUGUCUAACCCUGUCCCAAAGCCCCCCUCACUAGCAAGACAAGGGGCACAGUCUUUUGUACCUGAGCCAGGAAAAAGGGGUGGUCAUGUUCAACGUGUAUGGAUUCUAUUUAUAUAGUCUGGCACAGAUUGGAUGCUGCCUCUAUUCAUCCAAACCAUGGGCACCCACCCCUGCACUUCCUAUGGCUGCUGGAGUAUUGGCUUGGGG